GCUGCUCCGAACGGCGGACAAAGGUCACAGCUUCUUUGGCAGCAAUAAUUCACGCGGACGCGUCCAGUUGUCAGAGCCCAAGAGGCCUGGAGGGAAGCGCGCUCCGCUCGCAGAGGCCAGCAGGCAAAUAAACAGCCGCUACCCCUGCAGCAAUCACGGUGCUUCCAGCUGAGCGGCAGCGUGCAUGCGCACAUCCACGAUUGGUGACGCUUACUCCCCCACAAAACCAUCCUGGAAGCCAUAGUCACUCCAGCGACACUAGUCAAGUCCAUUCCACGAUGGCGUCAGGCAUCGGCAAUCUCAGCACCCUCUUGAAGCGGCUGGAAGCUGCGACGUCUCGUCUCGAAGAUAUUGCAGUCGCUCAAGCCCAAGGCGUCACUGCUUCCGUCUCAGGUGGACCAUCAGCUGCUGGACAUUCUGGCGUGGCAGCCUCUGCACCCGCAGCGGCGGCAGCAGCUCCAGUCGAGGAACCGGCUGUUAUCGAGGCAUACAACGAGACUGUCGCUCCUGCGCUCAAGAAGUAUGUAGAUCUGAGCGCCAAGCUUGGCGGCCCGGUGCAUGAGCAAGCGAAAUGCCUCGCAGCAGGCUUCGAGGCGCAAAAGCACCUCAUUCACCUUGCUUCGGCAUCAAAGAAGCCUCCUGGAGGCUCUCCCACCACAGGUCCUGGUCCCGGAUUUGUAGCGCUGCUGAAGCCUUUGCAGACAGAACUUAUAGCUACUACAGAAGUGCGGGAUCAGAAGCGUGGUGACAAGGCUCUGUUCAAUCAUCUGUCUACAGUUGCUGAAGGCGCACCUGCCCUGGGCUGGGUCACCAUCGAGCCGAAGCCUGCACCUUAUGUCAUUUCAACGAAGGAAUCCGCAGAAUUCUACUCGAAUCGGGUCAUUAAGGAACACAAGGAUGAUGCCGACAGGACGCAUGUGGAAUGGACGCGCAGCUUUGUUGCGCUGUUGAGCGCUCUGGCUGCGUACGUCAAAGAGCAUCACACCACUGGGUUGGCGUGGAACCCGAGAGGAGGGGAUGCCGAAGCUUUCGCUAGUCCAUCUAGCGCACCAGCUGCUCCAGCUGCUCCUCCCGCACCUCCUGCACCGCCUUCUGGCGGCCCUCCUCCCCCUCCGCCCCCUCCUCCCGCUGGCUUGCCGCCCGCGCCAGUGGCAGCUGGAGGUAUGGAUGCAGUCUUCAGUCAGCUUAACCAGGGAGAGGGCAUCACAAGCGGAUUGAAGAAGGUGGACAGGAGUCAAAUGACGCACAAAAACCCAGAGCUACGGGCCAGCGCCCCCGCACCCGCUUCUGGAUCGAAGCCCACGCCACCCAAACCAGGCGUAAAACCUGCUUCUUUCAGGCAAAAGAAGCCUGCAAGAACGGAGCUUGAGGGCAACAAAUGGUCUGUUGAAAAUCACGAGGACAACAGGGAAAUUGUCAUCGAUGCGACAGAGCUAAAUCAGACAGUAAACAUUUUUGGGUGCAAGAACUCUACCAUCCAAAUUCGGGGCAAGAUCAAUGCGGUGUCCAUGGUCUCCUGUCAAAAGACUUCAAUCUUGCUAGAUACUCUGGUGUCGGCACUUGAGAUCACAUCGUCUCCAUCCUUCGCUGUGCAAGUGACCGGUCGCACUCCAACAAUCUUGAUCGACAGCUGCGACUCUGGUCAGAUUUACCUCUCUGCCGAAGGGAGCGACUCGGAAAUCGUGACUUCGAAGUGCAGCGCCAUCAACGUCAGCGUGCCCGUGGAGGGAGGAGAGGAAGGGGAAUUGAAAGAGUUUGCAUUGCCCGAACAGCUCAGGCAUGGCUUCAAGACCGGAAAGAUUCAUACGGAGGUCGUCGCGCACACUGGUUGAAGGCUGUGUUCUCGUCAUGGUUAGCUGCGUGGGCCUUCGUGCCCUCCCUGCCACAACGAUCCUCGCUUUCGAUAUCCGUGGGAUUUUUGCAGUACCCGCAAUAACAUGACCUACGAUGCAAGAUGAAUCUAAAGAUGUGCUGUGCUCCUCAAGCUUGAGGUGACGUGCGGCCACACGUUGCUUUGCGAAGCGUUCCAGCGUUAUCUGAGAGCAGCUCGCAUAGGGGUUCGAGGAGAGAUUGCAGAGAGUGCUGCCUUACAAGAAGUGAAGUGGAAAAAGCUUCCAGGUGUAAAUCGAGAGGAGGCAAGAGGGUGGUGAAGCCGAAUCACUAGUGAUGCACCUCAUCGUCUGUACGGAUCCAGAGAGAG